AGUUUUUUCUUUAGCACUGAAGUACCACCAUCGCGCUCUUUCUGCCCUUGUCUUGUUAACACGCACGCCAUUUGAGCCCUCCGUCCUAUUUCUCGCCAAGACUCGAUCCGCCCAACCAGCGCUGUUCCACAGCGUAGAGUUCCCCCGAGUUCUACCGUGUCCGGGAGUUAAAGGCCGUCGAAAGACGUUUCUUCAAUUCCCUGUGCACCGCGCUUCGCUAUUAUUUCUGUUCUCCACACCGCCUCAUCUAUUGAUCUCCUGUCGCCCGUCUCUGCUCGCCGAGCAGGCCGACCGGACAGCAGCAUGAGCCGUUUUUGCUUUACUCCGCAGCCGUGGAAGGCACUCGCCAUCGGCGCUCUUCUCCUGUGCUGUGCUCUCGGCCCUCACCUGGCGACCGCCGCGGACGGCAGUACGGCGCCUGCACCCACGCCCGAGUCGGAAACGAUGAAGUUCCUGCAGGCUCUCGUGAAGACGGUGCCAGAUCUGGAGAACUAUAAACAAGGGGACGACUAUUGCGACGGUUGGGGUUUCGUGCAAUGCAACGCCGACAACACGGUGGCGGUGGCGCUGACGGGAUUGGCGCUGACGAAGCCGUCGAGCCUGCCGGAUCUCCCCGACGAUGUCGACGGCGCGAAGGUGGCGAUGACGUCGUUCGCGGCGAAGGCCAUGGGCGAACUCUUUCUCGGGACGCUGCCACCGAGCUGGGGACGGCUGACGCAGCUGCAGACCCUCUCGGUGGCGGGCAACAACAUUGGGGGCACCCUGCCCGCGGAGUGGAAAGCACUGACUAACCUGACGAAGCUGGUGCUAUGCAUCAAUCAGCUGUCGGGCACCCUGCCGACAGAUUGGAAGGAUCUGACGGCGCUGACAGAGCUGUGGCUGGAGGACAACCAGCUGUCGGGCACUCUCCCGACAGAUUGGAAGGCUCUGACGGCGCUGACAGAGCUGUGGCUGGGCAGCAACCAACUGUCGGGCACUCUCCCGACGGAUUGGAAGGAUCUGACGGCGCUGAAGCUGCUGUGGCUGGGCGGCAACCAACUGUCGGGCACUCUCCCGACGGAUUGGAAGGAUCUGACGGCGCUGAAGCUGCUGUGGCUGGACGACAACCAACUGUCGGGCACUCUCCCGACGGAUUGGAAGGCUCUGACGGCGCUGAAGCGGCUGUCGCUGGAGGUCAACCAACUGUCGGGCACUCUCCCGACAGAUUGGAAGGAUCUGACGGCGCUGGCAGGGCUGUGGCUGGACCACAACCAACUGUCGGGCACUCUCCCGACGGAUUGGAAGGCUCUGACGGCGCUGACAGUGCUGUGGCUGGACGACAACCAACUGUCGGGCUCUCUACCCGCGGCGUGGAGCACGAUGACGCAGAUGAGGCGGAUGCAACUUCAGAAAAACAAUUUCUGCGGCUGCGUGCCAACGGCGUGGAAGGAGAUGACAGAGGUGAGGCUGACCGUGGACGACAGCGUGAGCGGGGAUACCUGUGCAACGACGAAUGCCUGUCACAUGACGUCCAGCAGCAGUUCCAACGAGUCCACGUGCGCUGUGGUAAAUUGCGUGCUGUGUGCACCCGGCAGCAUCACGGAAUGCAGCUUGUGCGCCAGCGGCUACACCCUGACGGAUGACUCUCAAUGCGCCUCUUAG